AUCCACCAGCGCAUCCACACAGGGGAGAAACCGUACCAGUGCUCCCAGUGUCAGAAAAGCUUCUCCCGGCUGGCCCACUAUAAAGACCACCAGCAGACUCACCGGGAGGAGAAACCGUACCACUGCAAUGACUGUGGGAAAAGCUUCUCCUARUUCAAGUCACUCAAGUGCCACCAGAUGAUCCACAAAGGGGAGAACCUCCACCACUGCUCCGUAUGCGGUAAAGGGUUCGCCAUCCGCGGCAACCUGAAGACCCAUCUGCAGACACACACCAAGGAGAAACCACACCAAUGCUCAGAGUGCGGGAAACGGUUCUCCCGAGCKCACGACCUGAAAAAACACAAGCUGCUCCACACGGGGCAGAAGACCUACCACAUUUGCCAGUGUGGCAAGAGCUUCACGGAGCUGGGGAACCUGCGAACCCACCAGAGAACCCACACCGGAGAGAAACCAUUCUGCUGUUCUUUCUGCGGCCGAACCUUCUUGCGUGCUGGAGACCUGAAGAGCCACCAGCGGACACACACCGGAGAGAAACCAUUCAUCUGCGCCAUUUGUGGGACCAGUUUUGCCCAAUCUGGCAACCUGAAAGUGCAUCAGAUCACACACACUAAAGAGAGGCCGUACCCUUGUACUGUCUGUGAUAAGGGGUUCACCACACCGGGGAGUCUGAAGCUACAUAUGAGGACACACACAGGGGAGCGGCCGUUCCUGUGUAGCGCGUGUGGGAAAGGGUUCACGGCGUCAGGGCAGCUGAAGAGGCACCAAGAGUGUCACAUGAGAGACACUGUCCAAUCAUCUCCUAGUGAAGACACAGGGGUGGCGGUGGCUUCAAAAUAAAAGUCCUCUCUAAGCGGACUACAAAAUAAGAGUACUGGAAACGUGCCAUUGUGUGUCUGAACUGUGAUCAUGAUGGGAGGUUUUACUGCUUCAUGAUGUCACUAUGGGCUCUGGUCAAAUGGGACACCAUUCACUAUGGGCUCUGGUCAAAUGGGACACCAUUCACUAUGGGCUCUG